AUGCUCCAUGAACUGCCUUAUGACCAUCCAGAUAUUGCUAUUUGCUAUUACGCACUCGGUUUGGUGGCAUCGGCUAAAGGAGACUUUGACUUGAGUCUUGAAUGGCAUUAUAAAUCAGCAGAGAUGAUAACGCAAGAGUUGGGACCAAAUAAUCCUAGCCUUGCUAAUAGCUACAAUAGCAUUGGCUUUGUUUAUAGGAAGAAAAUGAAUUACAAUGGGGCGCUUGAAUCCUAUAAUAAAGCAUUGACAAUUUAUCAACAAACAUAUGGCAAGGAUGAUCCACAUGUAGUGGAGGCACUCAGAUGUCAUCAAAUGGCAUUAAACAUAUUCAAGAAGCAUCGUCCUUCUGAUAAUCCCGAGCUAGGUAUAGCGCACAACAGUAUUGGAAGUGUAUAUGGUUCUCUCGGUGAGUAUGAUCUUGGCUUGAAACAUUUUCAUUUGUCAUUUAAAAUCUAUGAAAAAUCUCUUCCACCUGAGCAUUCCCAUAUUGCCAUGAUGUUGGAAAAUAUCGGUCUUGUUUAUGAAGACAAGCAUGAAUUAGAACAAGCAUUUGCAUUUUACACGAAAGCAGCAACGAUCUUUCACCAUUCCUUACCUCUUACACAUCCUCGUGUUGUCGAAAUCGAAAGAGACAUCCAACGUAUUUUAUCUGAUAUCAAUUAA